UAUCCAUGGAAUGAUGGCGAUAAGGUGGUAAAGAAUCUGCAAACCCUACGCGAGCUGCCUUUAAUUCUUACUUCGUGGCCUGGUGAUAAUUCGAGUCUUUUCGAAGGCUUCAUCAAAGAUAACUUCUGUGCUGAUGAUGCUGAUCUUCUAUCUCGGGUGAUGCUACUAGCACUUGAUCGUGACGAGGAACGUAUAAAGGAAGAUGUACACAUAUUCGCCAAUUCCAUAUACGGCAUAAAUGAAGCAACGUGUGAUUGGGAGACGUUGUUACUCGAAUUCGAGAAGAAAAAUGAAUUCAAAAAUUCUGAAAGCGAUGGAGCGAAAGACGAAUGCCUGCCGUCCGUUUCGCGAUCUCAAGAUCAUAGUGUGGAGAAUUCUUCGAAUACUAAACCAGCACCAGAGGACAAUGAG